UCUCCCGGGGCUUUUGGGUUUAUUUUUGGUUUUUAAAUUCUGCCUCCAGCCGGGAUCUAUGGUGCCCUGAGCGCUGGACGAGCCGGAGAGACGCGCCUCUCGGGGGAGCCGGGCAGAAGGCAUGCAGCAGCUCCUGGUGACCGUCUUCUGCCUGUCACUGCUGCCAGACUUUGCACGAGGUUUACGAUGCUCGCAACCUACAGAUGCCUGCCUAAACGGAGGGAAGUGUGAAGUUUACCCCAAUGGAACUGAGGUUUGCAUUUGCAGCGGGGCCUACGCUGGCGAGCGAUGCCAAGCCCCCAACCCCUGCCUCAGCUCCCCCUGCAAGAAUGCCGGCACCUGCCACGCCAUCCUCCGCGGGAACACCGUGGACUACACGUGCACCUGCCGCCUGGGCUUCUCCGACCGCUUGUGCCUGACUCCCGAGGACAACGCCUGCCUCAACAACCCCUGCCGCAAUGGCGGGUCGUGUGACCUGAUCACGUUGACUGAGUAUAAGUGCCGCUGUCCCCCGGGGUGGUCAGGCAAGACGUGCCAGCAGUCCGACCCUUGUGCCUCCAACCCCUGUGCCAACGGGGGUCACUGCCUGCCAUUUGAGUCCAGCUUCGUCUGCAAGUGCCUGCCCGGCUUCCACGGGCAAAAUUGUAAGCUGGACGUCAACGAGUGCAGCCAGAACGCCGCCAUCUGCAGAAACGGGGGCACCUGCCUCAAUGAGGUCGGCUCAUACCAGUGCCUGUGCAAGCCCGCCUACACGGGCCAGAACUGCGAACACCUCUAUGUGCCUUGCAACCCCUCCCCCUGCCAGAACGGGGGGACCUGCCGCCAGACCGGAGACACCACCUAUGAAUGCACCUGCUUGCCAGGUUUUACCGGUCAGAACUGUGAAGACAACAUUGAUGACUGCCCCGGGAACAACUGCAAGAAUGGAGGCACCUGUGUGGAUGGGGUGAACACCUACAACUGCCGCUGCCCCCCAGAGUGGACUGGCCAGUACUGCACUGAAGACGUGGACGAGUGCCAGCUCAUGCCCAACGCCUGCCAGAACGGCGGCACCUGCCAUAACACCCACGGCGGGUACAACUGCGUCUGCGUCAACGGCUGGACCGGGGAGGACUGCAGCGAGAAUAUCGACGACUGUGCCAACGCCGCCUGCUUCGAAGGCGCCAAGUGCCACGACCGCGUGGCGUCGUUCUAUUGCGAGUGCCCGCACGGGCGGACAGGGCUGCUCUGCCACCUCAACGAUGCCUGCAUCAGCAACCCCUGUAACGAAGGCUCCAACUGUGACACCAACCCCGUCAACGGCAAGGCCAUCUGCACCUGCCCCUCGGGCUACAUGGGACCAGCCUGCAACCAGGACGUGGACGAGUGCUCUCUGGGUGCCAACCCUUGUGAGCAUGCUGGCAAAUGCAUCAACACCCAGGGCUCAUUCCAGUGUCAGUGUCUGCAAGGCUACUCUGGCCCCCGCUGCGAGAUCGACGUCAAUGAGUGCCUCUCCAAUCCCUGCCAGAACGACGCGACCUGCCUGGACCAGAUCGGAGAGUUUCAGUGCAUAUGCAUGCCAGGCUACGAGGGCGUCUACUGCGAGAUCAACACGGACGAGUGUGCCAGCAGCCCCUGCCUCCACAACGGCGAAUGCAUUGAUAAAAUCAAUGAGUUUCACUGUCAGUGCCCCACCGGUUUCAACGGGCACCUGUGCCAGUUUGACAUGGACGAGUGUGCCAGCACCCCCUGUAAGAAUGGAGCCAAGUGUAUAGACGGACCCAACGCCUACACCUGCGAGUGCACAGAAGGCUUCACCGGCACUCACUGCGAAGUGGACAUCAACGAGUGUGAGCCGGACCCGUGUCACUAUGGCACGUGCAAGGAUGGCAUCGCGACCUUCUCCUGCCUCUGCCAACCCGGCUACACCGGUCACCGCUGUGAAACCAACAUCAACGAGUGUCAGAGCCAGCCUUGUAAAAACGGGGGGACCUGCCACGACCGAAACAACGCCUACAGCUGCCUGUGCCUCAAAGGAACCACAGGGCCCAACUGUGAGGUCAAUCUGGAUGACUGUGCCAGCAGCCCCUGCGAUUAUGGCAAGUGCCUAGACAAGAUCAAUGGCUACGAGUGUGCCUGUGAGCCCGGGUACACAGGGAGCAUGUGUAACAUCAACAUAAAUGAGUGUGCCGCCAGCCCUUGCCAUAACGGUGGCACCUGUAAGGAUGGCAUCAAUGGCUUCACCUGCAUGUGUCCCGAGGGCUACCAUGACCCCACAUGCCUGUCGGAAGUCAACGAGUGCAACAGCAACCCCUGCAUCCACGGGAAAUGCAACGACGGGCUCAACGGCUACAAUUGUGACUGUGACCCCGGCUGGAGCGGAACUAACUGUGACAUUAACAACAACGAGUGUGAAUCGAACCCGUGCAUGAAUGGUGGCACCUGCAAAGACAUGACCAGCGGCUAUGUCUGCACCUGCCGGGAGGGCUUCAGUGGUCCCAACUGCCAGAUGAACAUCAACGAGUGUGCAUCCAAUCCUUGCCUCAACCAGGGCACCUGCAUCGAUGAUGUCGCCGGCUAUAAAUGCAAUUGCCUCCUGCCCUACACUGGCUCAACGUGUAAAGAGGUCCUAGCUCCCUGCGCCAACAGCCCAUGCAAAAAUGGUGGCGAGUGCAAAGAAUCAGAGGACUAUGAGAGCUUCUCCUGCGUAUGCCCUGCAGGCUGGCAAGGGCAAACAUGCGAGAUUGACAUCAACGAAUGCGUGAAAAGCCCAUGCCGGAACGGGGCCACAUGUCAGAACAACAAUGGGAGCUACCGGUGUAACUGCAAGGCUGGCUACACGGGCCGCAACUGCGAGACCGACAUAGAUGACUGCCAACCAAAUCCUUGCCACAAUGGAGGCUCCUGCUCCGAUGGUAUCAACAAUGCCUUCUGCCACUGCCUGGCAGGCUUCCGGGGCCCCCAGUGCGAGGAGGACAUCAACGAGUGUGCCAGCAACCCCUGCAAGAAUGGAGCCAACUGCACCGACUGCGUCAAUAGCUAUACUUGCACCUGCCCCUCUGGCUUCAGUGGCAUCCAUUGUGAAAACAACACCCCUGACUGUACUGAGAGUUCCUGCUUCAACGGGGGCACCUGUGUCGAUGGCAUCAACACCUUCACCUGCCUCUGCCCACCUGGCUUCACGGGCAGCUAUUGCCAGCACGACAUCAACGAGUGCGACUCCCGGCCGUGUCUGAACGGAGGCACCUGCCAGGACAGCUAUGGCACCUACAAGUGUACUUGUCCCCAGGGUUACACAGGCCUGAACUGCCAGAACCUGGUACGCUGGUGUGACUCGUCUCCCUGCAAGAACGGCGGGAAAUGCUGGCAGACCAACAACCUGUACCGGUGUGAAUGCAACAGCGGCUGGACUGGGCUCUACUGCGACGUCCCUAGCGUUUCCUGCGAAGUAGCCGCCAAACAGCAAGGCAUUGACGUGACCAACCUGUGCCGGAACUCUGGUCUCUGCAUGGACACUGGCAACACCCACUACUGCCGCUGCCAGGCGGGCUACACGGGCAGCUACUGUGAGGAGCAGGUAGACGAGUGCUUGUCCAAUCCCUGUCAGAAUGGAGCCACCUGCACUGACUACCUGGGAGGCUACUCGUGUGAGUGUGUCACUGGCUACCACGGGACAAACUGUUCAGAGGAGAUCAACGAGUGCCUCUCCCACCCCUGUCAGAACGGAGGCACCUGUAUCGACCUCAUCAAUACCUACAAGUGCUCUUGUCCCCGGGGGACGCAAGGCGUGCACUGUGAGAUCAACGUGGAUGAUUGUCACCCCUUCACCGACCCCGUCACCCGCGGGCCCAAGUGCUUCAACAACGGGAAGUGCGUCGACCAGGUUGGGGGGUACAGCUGCAACUGCCCCCCGGGCUUUGUUGGGGAGCGCUGCGAGGGGGAUGUCAACGAGUGCCUGUCCAAUCCCUGCGACCCUCGUGGGACCCAAAACUGCGUGCAGCGGGUCAACGACUACAAGUGCGAGUGCCGGCAGGGCUACACAGGACGGCGCUGUGAUGUUGUCGUCGAUGGCUGCAAGGGCAAACCCUGUAAGAACGGCGGCACCUGUGCCGUGGCUACCAACACCGGACGAGGCUUCAUCUGCAAUUGCCCCCCGGGCUUCGAGGGCGCCACGUGUGAGAACGACGCACGCACAUGCGGCAGCCUGCACUGCCAGAACGGGGGCACCUGCGUCUCGGGCCACAAGAGCUCCAAGUGCCUCUGCCUGCCGCCGUACACGGGCCCGGAGUGCCAAUACCCCGUCAGCAGCCCCUGCCUCUCCAACCCCUGCUACAACCAGGGCACCUGCGAGUUCACCCCCGAGGCCCCCUUCUACCGGUGCCACUGCCCCGCCAAGUUCAACGGGCUCUACUGCCACAUCCUGGACUACGGCUUCGUGGGUGGCGUCGGGCGGGACAUCAUCCCGCCCCUGAUCGAGGAGAACUGCGAGAUCCCCGAGUGCAAGAAGGACACGGGCAACAAGAUCUGCAACGGGAAAUGCAAUAACCACGCCUGCGGCUGGGACGGGGGUGACUGCUCCCUCAACUUCAACGACCCUUGGAAGAACUGCACUCAGUCCCUGCAGUGCUGGAAGUACUUCAACGACGGGAACUGCGACGCCCAGUGCAACAACGACGGCUGCCUCUUCGAUGGCUUCGACUGCCAGAAAGUGGAAGUCCAGUGCAACCCCCUGUACGACCAGUACUGCAAAGACCAUUUCCGGGACGGCCACUGCGACCAGGGCUGCAACAACGCCGAGUGUGAGUGGGACGGCCUGGACUGCGCGGAGAACAUGCCAGAGAAGUUGGCCGACGGCACCCUGGUGGUCGUGGUGCUCACGCCGCCGGAGAUCCUGAAGAAUAACUCCUUCAACUUCCUGCGGGAGCUCAGCCGGGUGCUACACACCAACGUGGUCUUCAAGACUGACGAGAACGGCGAGUCCAUGAUCUACCCCUACUUCGGCAACGAGGAGGAGCUGAAGAAACACCACAUCAAGAGGUCGACCGAGGAUAGGGCCGCGGUUGCGGGCAGACAGCGGAGAGAGCUGGACCAGAUGGACAUCCGAGGAUCAAUUGUGUAUCUGGAAAUCGACAAUCGCCAGUGUAUCCAGUCAUCCUCACAGUGCUUCCAGAGCGCAACGGAUGUGGCGGCUUUCUUGGGUGCCCUGGCCUCCAUGGGGAACCUCAACAUCCCAUACAAGAUCGAAGACGUCAAGAGUGCGACGGUGGAACCUUCCAACAGCUCCCAGUUGCACCUUAAGUACGUGGUGGUGGCCCCCUUGGUGGUACUGGUCUUGGUCAUGGUUGGGGUGCUGAUGUCUCGGAAGCGCCGCCGGGAGCACGGCCAGCUGUGGUUCCCGGAAGGCUUCAAGGUGACCGAGUCGAGCAAGAAGAAGCGCCGAGAGCCGCUGGGCGAGGAUUCGGUCGGGCUGAAACCGCUGAAGAAUGUCUCGGAGGGAGCCCUGAUGGACGACAACCAGAACGAAUGGGGAGAUGACGACCUGGAGACGAAGAAAUUCAAGUUCGAAGAACAAGCCAUGCUGCCCGACGUGGAUGACCAGGCGGACCACCGUCAAUGGACGCAGCAGCACUUGGACGCAGCCGACCUCCGCAUCUCUUCCAUGGCCCCCACUCCGCCUCAGGGCGAGAUUGAUGCGGAUUCUAUGGACGUCAAUGUGAGAGGUCCCGAUGGAUUCACCCCCUUGAUGAUCGCUUCGUGCAGCGGUGGGGGCCUGGAGACGGGCAACAGCGAAGAGGAGGAAGAUGCCCCCGCCGUCAUCUCAGACUUCAUCUACCAAGGUGCCAGCCUGCACAACCAGACGGACCGCACCGGGGAGACGGCCUUGCACCUGGCCGCCAGGUAUUCCCGCUCGGAUGCGGCCAAGCGCCUGCUGGAGGCCAGCGCGGAUGCAAACAUCCAGGACAACAUGGGCCGGACCCCUCUUCACGCGGCUGUCUCUGCUGAUGCUCAGGGAGUAUUCCAGAUUCUCAUCCGGAACCGAGCCACAGACCUGGAUGCCCGCAUGCAUGACGGCACCACCCCGCUGAUCCUUGCCGCCCGCCUGGCCGUGGAGGGCAUGUUGGAGGACCUGAUCAACUGCCACGCCGAUGUCAACGCGGUCGAUGACUUAGGCAAAUCGGCGCUGCACUGGGCCGCCGCCGUCAAUAAUGUAGAUGCUGCCAUUGUGUUGCUGAAAAAUGGGGCCAAUAAGGACAUGCAGAACAACAAGGAGGAGACGCCACUCUUCCUGGCGGCUAGGGAAGGGAGCUACGAGACGGCCAAGGUGCUGCUGGAUCACUUUGCCAACCGGGACAUCACCGACCACAUGGACCGGCUGCCCCGGGACAUCGCCCAGGAGCGCAUGCACCACGACAUCGUGCGGCUGCUGGACGAGUACAACUUGGUGCGCAGCCCCCCGCUGCACAACGGACCCCUGGGGGCUCCCACUCUGUCCCCUCCGCUCUGCUCCCCCAACAGCUACAUGGGCAACCUGAAGCCCGCCGUGCAGGGGAAGAAGAGCCGGAAGCCCAGCACCAAGGGCUCCGGCUGCACCGGCAAGGACCCCAAAGACAUCAAGGCCAGGAGGAAGAAGUCGCAGGACGGGAAGGGCUGCCUGCUGGACAGCUCCGGCGUGCUCUCUCCCGUCGACUCGCUCGAGUCGCCCCGCGGGUACCUUUCGGACGUGGCCUCCCCGCCCCUGCUGGCCUCCCCGUUCCAGCAGUCGCCGUCCGUGCCCCUGAACCACCUGCCGGGCAUGCCCGACGCCCACCUGAGCCUCAGCCACCUGAACCUGGCCGGGAAGCAGGAGAUGGCGGCGGCGCUGGGCGGCGCCAACCGCCUGGCCUUCGACGCCGCGCCGCCGCCGCCGCGCCUGUCGCACCUCCCCGUCUCUGGCCCCGGCGCGGCCCUGGGCGGCGGGGGCUCGGUGAAUUUCCCGGUGGGCGGGCAGUGCGAGUGGCUGUCCAGGCUGCAGAACGGGAUGGUCCCCAACCAGUAUAACCCGAUGAGGGGCGGCGUCCAGGCCGGGGCCCACCCGCCCACCGCCCCGGCGCUCCAGCACGGCCUGAUGGCCCCGCUCCACGGCGGCCUGGCCACCACCACCACCCUGUCCCAGAUGAUGAGCUACCAAGGCCUGCCUAAUACCCGGCUGACCACCCAGCCGCACCUGGCGCCGGCGCAGCAGCUGCAGCAGAUUCAGCAGCAGCAGCAGCUACAGCAGCAAAACAUGCAGCAGCAGCAGCAACAGCAGCACCUCGGUGCUAACCCCGGUGCCAGCAGCCACAUGGGCCAGAAUUUCCUCAGUAAUGAGUUGAGCCAGCCGGAUGUGCAGCAGCUGGGCAGCGCCAGCCUGGCCGUCCACCCCAUCUUGCCUCAGGAGACCCAGAUCCUGCCGACGCCCCUGCCGUCGUCCCUGGCCCAGCCCCUGACCACGACUCAGUUCCUAACCCCGCCGUCUCAGCACAGCUACUCCUCACCCUUGGACAACACACCCAACCACCAACUCCAGGUUCCGGACCACCCUUUUUUAACCCCAUCCCCCGAGUCACCCGACCAGUGGUCCAGUUCCUCCCCUCACUCUAACAUCUCAGAUUGGUCCGAAGGCAUCUCCAGCCCACCCACGAGUAUGCAGUCUCAAAUAGCGCACAUUCCGGAUGCAUUCAAGUAAACCUCGGAGCGCUGGAACUUCCGAACAACGCAAGAGGAAGGGUUCUUAGCCCUCUUAUGGAUGCCGGGCUUUUGACUGAAGGAUUUUUUUUCCCUACCUUUUUUAUACAAAGUAAGACAGAAAAUUGUAAUUGUUUUUUUAGUAUUUAUUUAUGUACUUUUAUUUUACCUGGAAACACUGCCUUUUUUAUUUAUACGUUUUAUCGUUUAGGACUUGAGACGAUAGCUUCGAUUCAGUUCUGGUCUAAGAAAGUUAAACCUGUAAGUC